AUGGUCGCCUCCUAUUUUGGACUUGAUUCAGUUGUAAAGGAACUACUAGACGAUUACAAGGGUGACUUAGAUUUUGUGGAUAGUAAGCAUGAACGGUCAGCACUUUCUUGGGCUGCCGAGAGAGGGUCUGUCGGUGUUGUCAAGCUAUUGCUCAAAGGUCGGAGGCGCUCAUUUAUCGGAAUCCACGUCCCCUCUGGGAAAGGUGCAGAAAUAAACUCGAUAGACAUAUACAUGCGGACACCGUUAACAUAUGCGGCAUGGAACGGGCAUUUAGAAGUUGUGAGCCUCCUACUACGGAAGGGAGCUGCCAUCAAUACGAUAGACGAAUUCGGCGCCACACCACUCCUUUACGCGACAUACAAUGCAAACAAGCCUGUUGUUGAUCUCCUUCUUGCGCAGGGAGCCAAAACACGUUCUGGUGAGAAUAUUAUCAUGGCAUUCUGCUCGGCUGCAGGAAAGGGGCAGGAACCCGUAAUGAGGUUACUGCUCGAGAACGGCACUGAUCCUGACGCGCGGCGCAGUGAUGGGUGCAACUUAAUCUCAUGGGCCGCUUCUCAUGGAUAUAAGGCUGCGCUUACAUUGCUGAUUGAGAGCGGUGGCGACAUUAAUAGAGGAAACUAUGAGAAUGGCCAAACAGCGAUACACCACGCUGUUAAAUAUGGGCAAAAAGGAGCAGUCAGGUUGCUUGUGGAAUAUGGAGCUGAUCUUAAACUCGGCGACAAGAAUGGACAAACACCGUUACAUUUCGCUUCCAGCAUUGGGGACCGUGACAUAGUGCAAAUACUGCUCAGCAAAGAUAGCCGACCGCAGCUGGAGUUGAGAGAUAAGGUCCAUAAUAUAUAUAAAGCAGCACAAGAUGGAGAACCUCACAAUUGCCAGUAUCACACCCUAAAUAUAGCUGUCCAUGAUGUCUAG